AGAAAAAAGGGCCAGUGCUGAUCAUCAGAAUCUCCGUCUUCGCCCUCUUCUUGUUCGAAGCUAUGACUAUUCCUUUCCGUUUCUCUUCGUCCAUUUCAGGGCCAGCAGCUCCUGUUUCAUCGCUUCUCAGCUUCGCCGUACGGAACAUCAUCUUUGGUGUUCUCCGCUGCUUCUUCUUGUUGAUCCUCCCUUUCUAUGUUCUGCAUGUGUUCGCUUACAUCAUAUAAUUUUUGCGACACUCAAUUGAGAAUUUCAUUGAAAAGGGAGCAUGAGUAUCACUGAAGCAUUGCGUCUGCAAGUGGAAGUUCAAAACCAACUCCAUGAACAGCUUGAGAUUCGGAGGAAACAGCAAAGCAAAGUACGUAUCUGCAAAUGCUGUUAGAGAAACAGGGAGAGCUCAUGGACGACAGUGGGGUAAAGGCCAAUUCAUCUACAGUAUCAAACACCAGCAGCUCCAGCCCCGUGGAAGGCAAAACAAAAGUGUCGGAUGCAGAUUAUGCGACAAAGGACUGACUGUAAGGAGCACUGAUGCCUCUUCACUCAAGGACAUAAGGGCCCCGGGGGGCGGGGGGUUGGGGCGGGCCGCCGGGAAGGCUUCAGAAACUAUAGUAAUUGAAGAUGAUGAUUGGGUUAAUGGUGACCCAAGUGCCCCGUCCACGAAGCGAGCAGGAGGGGACGUUCAGUGAGAUGUAUGUUAGAUUCGUCGUUGCGCUGUUUUGGGUGCACUCAGUGCGAUGUCGAGACAAAUGUUGGUUAUGGAUGCCUGUGGUUUUUGGAACAUUAGUGAGAAUAAAAUUUUAAUUGGGGCAUCUAUAAACUGUGCAAACAAUAAGAGGCAUCUAUUUUUCAUCGCAAAGGGCUCUUUUGUGUGUAUGUGAACGUGGAUAUAGUCAUGUUUUAUCAAUCAAAGAAAUUUUGG